AGCAAAGCAUGCAGGGGCAUGUAGUUCUUGCGUUUCCCUUCCCUAGGUCCUUCGCGCUUGUCUGUCCGGUCCCUCCUAUUUUCUGCUCCCCUAAACCUUUGCACUUGUCUUGACCAUUUGAAGAUCAGGAAGUUGAUAAAUCCUGAGGCCUGCUGCAGAGAGACGGUGGCUCAGAUAGGACAGUCGCCAGGAAUGGCGGAGCGUCAGAAUGGAGUGGGUGUUGGGGCUGCUUUCUUGGACGCUGAGCAGAGCCCGGUGGCCCUUAGGCCUCUCUGAGCAGGGAACUGCCCGGUGGCCCUUUGGCCUCUCUGAGCAGGGAGCUGCUCGGCGGCCCCGGAUCAUGGAAGAGAAAGCGCUAGAGGUUUAUGAUUUGAUUCGAACUAUCCGGGAUCCAGAAAAGCCCAAUACUUUAGAAGAACUGGAAGUGGUAACAGAGAGUUGCGUGAAGGUUCAGAAGAUAAAUGAAGAAGACUAUCUGGUUAUUAUCAGGUUCACGCCAACAGUACCUCAUUGCUCUUUGGCAACUCUUAUUGGGCUAUGCUUAAGAGUAAAACUUCAGCGGUGUUUGCCAUUUAAGCACAAGUUGGAAAUCUACAUUUCUGAAGGAACUCACUCAACAGAAGAAGAUAUCAACAAGCAGAUAAAUGACAAAGAGCGAGUGGCAGCUGCGAUGGAGAACCCCAACUUACGGGAAAUUGUGGAACAGUGUGUCCUUGAACCUGACUAAUAGCUGUUGUAAUUACUGAAAUGUAAUUAUUUGAUAGAUUUGUUUAAACUCUUUGUAAACUGUAAAAGACUCAUGUUUAAUACAUAAAUGAUUUGUACCUCAAAGCAUUUUUAAAAGGAUUAUUUCCAAGCAAGUUAUAGUUAUAAAGUAGGACCUAAUUUGUCAGUGAAUAACAUUCUCAGGAUUUAUAACACUUAAGUGAUCAGACAGAAAAAUAUUUUCUAGUUAUUAUGGUGUAAGAUGAGUUACUAUUUUUCUGAUGCCCAUUCUGAUACAACUACUUUUCAUGUCAAGUCUCUAUUGUGCCCAAAUGUGUUUGAUUUAAAUCAUUACUGUAAAAUAAAUAAAACAGAUGAUUCUUAUAAUGUUUCACUUUAGAAUUUUGUUGAAUUGUAAAUUCCACUAUAAGUGUCAAUUCCUCAAAGAUACUUUCAAAACUUUAUUUUGCUGAUUAUUUUGUAGUAUCAGAUCUAAAAACCAAAAGGAACCCUUAAGAUUGGACCCUGUGGGCUGGGCUUGUAGCUCAGUGGUAGAGCGCUUGGCCCUGGGUUCGAUCCUCAGCAUCACAUAAAAAUAAAUAAAUAAAAAUAAAGAUAUUGUGUUCAACUACAACUAAAAAAUAUAUUAAAAAAAAAAAAAGAUUGGACCCUGCUUUUCUUCAAGGAGAAUCCUGGAUACAUUUAAAUGGAAGGAACACGUGUGAAGGUCAGCUGACUUACACAAUUUUGAAGAUCAAGAAGUCCCCCAAAGGCCUAGAGAUGUACCUUAAAGAGAGUGGGCUUACCUAGAGUUCAGAAGGUCCUGGGUUUGAUCCCUAGCACUGAAAAAAGAAUCCCUCCAAGGGGAGCAUGUAAAACAUGUUUAGGAUGCUUGAAACUCUGAAUUUAAUUCCUAGCACCACCAAAAUAAAUAAAUAGAUAGAUAAACAAAAUAAAAUACAAAUGUCUCCCAAAGAAGUUUUUAUUAAAUCAAUCUAAAUGUA